GGGGCGACCUCGCGCCCGCGGCCCUUCCAUUUUUCCCUCCGUUCUUCCUCUCCCGCCAGGGGUCGGCGGGGGAGGGGGCCGGGCGUCUGGUGCCCGGGCUCUCUCCGCUCCUGAGGCGCCGCUGGGGAGUCGAACCCUGAUGAUGGGACCUGUGGUGAGCAGCUCUGAAAGCAAGCCCAGACCCAGCCAUUCUCCGUCCCUAAGCUGACACGGAGCCCCUGAUUUUAAUUUACCUGGCCUUGCUAGUCACGCAUAUAUCUCUCACCUCUUAAAGGAUGAUUUUAUCCAACUCAGAACUCACCCCAGCAGAGAUUGAGGGGGAACUGUGAUGAAAUUUUUAAGUAUUCUGCUUGUUGAUAAUAAUUUUUCUCUUAUGUUAAUGUUGGCUCCGUUUGGGUGUUUAGCUUUUGAAAGGGGUAUGAAAAUGCGGAAUGGGGCUUUGGGGCUUGAGGAGGUGUGAUCUCUAGUGUUUAAAAAAUUUAAUUGCACAAAUAGAAAUAAUUCACCCACAUUAUUGAACCCCACUAAAGCAUGUCCUUUUUGUCCUUAUUCCUUUCCUGCUGCCCUGGUGUGUACUAUUAUUACUCAGUUGUGAUUUGAGCUCGUUCCACUUAAAGUCAUUCAUAGAUUCCUGGGUUGUGCCAGCUGGAAUGCCUCUGCAGGAAGUGCUAGUGGGACUGUGCAAAAUAGGAGGAAUUUUGUUGUCAGAGAAUAAAAGGAGGUUGUCCAUAAUUGACUUUAAGCAGCAAUCAGUAAAACAUUGAGCUCUUCAGCUCCGCCUUUCCUGCUCUGAAAAUUGGAAAACCAAGAAGGUUUUGAUGUUUUGUGUGACGCCACCUGAAUUAGAAACCAAGAUGAACAUAACCAAAGGUGGUCUGGUGUUGUUUUCAGCAAACUCGAAUUCAUCAUGUAUGGAGCUCUCAAAGAAAAUUGCAGAGCGGCUGGGGGUGGAGAUGGGCAAAGUGCAGGUUUACCAGGAACCUAACAGAGAAACGAGAGUACAAAUUCAAGAGUCUGUGAGGGGAAAAGAUGUUUUCAUCAUCCAAACCGUUUCAAAGGAUGUGAACACCACCAUCAUGGAGCUCCUGAUCAUGGUGUAUGCAUGUAAGACCUCUUGUGCCAAGAGCAUCAUUGGCGUGAUACCCUACUUUCCUUAUAGCAAGCAGUGCAAGAUGAGAAAAAGAGGCUCCAUUGUCUCUAAAUUGCUGGCUUCCAUGAUGUGCAAAGCUGGUCUAACUCAUCUUAUUACUAUGGAUUUACACCAGAAGGAAAUUCAGGGCUUCUUCAAUAUUCCUGUUGACAAUUUAAGAGCAUCUCCCUUCUUAUUACAGUAUAUUCAAGAAGAGAUCCCAGAUUACAGGAAUGCAGUAAUCGUGGCCAAGUCUCCAGCCUCGGCGAAGAGGGCACAGUCUUUUGCUGAGCGCCUGCGCCUGGGAAUUGCCGUGAUUCAUGGAGAGGCGCAGGAUGCCGAGUCGGACUUGGUGGAUGGACGGCAUUCCCCACCCAUGGUCAGAAGUGUGGCUGCUAUCCACCCCAGCCUGGAGAUCCCCAUGCUGAUUCCUAAAGAAAAGCCCCCAAUCACUGUUGUGGGUGAUGUUGGAGGAAGGAUUGCCAUCAUCGUGGAUGACAUCAUUGAUGAUGUUGACAGCUUUCUUGCUGCAGCAGAGACCCUGAAGGAAAGAGGUGCAUAUAAGAUCUUUGUGAUGGCAACUCAUGGCUUGUUGUCUUCUGAUGCCCCCCGGCUGAUUGAAGAGUCUGCCAUUGAUGAGGUGGUGGUCACCAAUACAAUUCCACAUGAAGUCCAGAAGCUCCAGUGCCCCAAGAUUAAAACUGUGGAUAUCAGCAUGAUCCUUUCAGAGGCGAUCCGUCGGAUCCACAAUGGGGAGUCCAUGUCCUACCUUUUCAGAAACAUAGGCUUAGAUGACUGAACAGCUUUCCUUUAGGAAAACUCCCAAGGGCCAAACUGGAAACAUAAGAGUGACUGCUCGGUGGGAUAGAUUUCACAGGAACCGUCAUGUUUGUUCCUCCGUCUCCCCUGUAACCUCACUUCUUGUUGAUUCCUAAGAAGAUAGACCAACUUUUUAGGUCAGUUUGGGUGUUUGUGAGUUUGGGGAGCAAUUUUUAUAAAAGAAAAACUUUAUUCUCCUCUUUUGAAAAGGUAAGACCUUGUUUUAGUUUUAACUGUUUAAAAAAUAACACUUGGAAUAAGAUUUGUAAGCUCACAGAGUCUUUUUCCAAAGUUGCUUGAGCCAAGUGCUUAAAAUAAAUAAAUAAGAUUUGAUAACCUCAUUAAUAAAAUGAUCUGUAUGAUACCUGCAAUUGAAAAGCCAAAAAGGUUAUACUGUCAAGUCCAGCAAAUGACAUUUUUAGAGAUGCUUUUGUAGACAAGCAUAUGGAAUAUGUGAUUGUAUUUAUUUUCUGCAACUAAAAAAGGAAUAAAAACUUGUGUUUGUGUGUUUUUCUAAAACUUUGUGUUUUGGCAAUCGUUUUAUAACUAAAAUAAAAUAAAAGCUAAAUCUA